UUCAUUGUACUACUUUAGUUCCAGGAACUUCGCAAGAAAAGAGUCGGUAAGUAUUUUAUUUCACAUCUCCCUACUCAUGUUGUAUGUUAAAUUUUGAUUCCAAAGUUAUGUUAGUUUCAGUUUUUAUUCCGCUUUUAUGUACCAAUACAUUUAAAGUAUUAACGCUCUUUUUGUGCUAUAUCAUUUCAUGAUGUAGAUUCUGGUAUACAGACUAAAGACUGCAUCUAGUCCUUUCAUUAGACCAUUCAACCAGCUUGUGGUGAGUCCUCCUAGCAUCCACACGACUUGGUGAUGAUUUACUAAAUUUUCAGCUUAUUAGAUUGUUUCAGUUUUAGUUGUUAGUUCCCAAUAAAGGUAGCUUGGGGCCAUAUCCCAACAACUCUUUCAGUUCAUGGGUUAUAGAGGCUUCAUUAGACAUUAGACAGUUUUUUUUCCAUUCUCUUCCACGUUGAGAUUCAAUAUUUCAAAAGUUAUCAUAUUUCUACUGAUUUAGUCCAUAACUGUAUUUCUAGCUUCAAUAUAUUUUCAAAAUUGAGUAUUAUGAACAGUUUGCCAGGCCAAGUAUCCGCUUGGGAUUACUAGUGAUUCCAGGUGCCAUGUUAUGUCCAGGUAUAGGCUCAGGAAGUGACAAUAUAAUUACUCUCUGCAACAAUGGAGGAUUUGCUCCUUCCUGCUGUUUUACCUCAAUUUCAACCGCCUAAAACAUCAAUUAUUUAGAAACAAUGUGAAAAAUGAAAAUGCUAAAAGAUCACUUAUUUAGGAACGAGAGAGUAGUAUAAUAAGUCACCUGCGGUGCAUAUGUCGAGGAUGCUCAUUUAUUUUAACAACAAAGUAGAUACUAUGUUCACUUAUACGGAUUAGGUCCAAACUAUAUUUCUUAUUUUCUGUUUCAAACACAUUGACUAACACAAUUUAUGGAGCAGGUCUAAAAGAUGAGGAUACGAUUGUUUUUAUCUUGUUAGAAUACAUUACUUCCUCCGCUCCAUAUUAGUUGGUAUCUUAUCAAAAAUAGUUGUCCACCUUACUAAAUCAAGAAAAUAUUAAUUAAAUUUGUCUCGAAUUACCUUUGCAAUUAAUUCUUUUUGAAAGUUUUCGCACUUGUUUAUAAAGUUUCGGUUAUGUAUCAGACAGAAUAAGCAAACCAUAAGCAAAAAGAAAAAAUAAGAACAAAUAGAUUUACGUGAAAACUCUUACGGAAAAAACCACGGGCAGAGGCAGAGGCAGAGGAAUUCACUAUAAUAGAGAGAAGUACAAUGUGGAGACAAUAGUUUCAAUUUUGUAUAUAUGAGAACAACACGAAACAGCCCAUUAAACGCACUUAUCUAAUACGUGCAUACAAAUAAGUCUAGGCCCAAAAACAUACAGGUCCAUACCACGGGGCUUCGCCCCCACACCCCUAACGGGAUCAGUGGUGGGCUUCAGGAUUGGGCCCGAUCCCUAUGCUACCACCAUAAACCCCAUGAAAAAUCACAAACAUGGAUUACACCGUGAACUUUGUAGGGCCGGAUUAACAAAAUUCGGGUCACAAACUCUAACAGUUUUCAAGAAGUUUUUUAAGGGGUAAAUUAGCAAAAAUAGCUUCUUAUUUCUGAUUUCUUAACAUCUGUAUUAAAAAAGAAAAUGACCAAUUAGUAUGGGAGUCGGGACGGAGGGAGUACAUCUCUUCUACUACUUCAAAAUACCUGAAGAUUCUCCUUACCUCAUACUAGUAUGGAAAAUACAUGCACAUAAGUUAGCCAUGGGUUAUGGAAAUUAAUUCAGUCUAAAAUCUGUCAUGAAUGAAUUUAUUAACCAAGACAUUAUUAACACACCUAAUUAAAUAUUAAUAACAGUUACUUUUCAAAGGUUCUGCACUUGGCGCCACCAGUCCAUUUCACUAGUAACGGUCGAAACAUUAACCAUUAAUUCUUCUUCUUUUUAUCUAGCAGAAAACAGGACAUAUUUUCUGUUUUUUCCCAUUUCUCUUAGAAAAAUAAACCAAAGCAUGGGACUCCAUAAAAUUAUUGUGAUCACUAUUGUCAUCUCCUUUCUCAGUAAUAUUGAGUCAACUCGUCCUCCGUUUUCAUGUGACACAUACAAUCCAGAUACCAUAAAAUUUAAAUUUUGUAAUUUCUCAUUACCCGUUGAUCAAAGAGUUGACGAUCUAAUUUUACGCCUGAAUUUGGACGAGAAAAUCUCACAAUUGGGUAACACUGCACCAGCCAUUCCUCGGCUUAAUAUCCCUGCUUAUGAGUGGUGGUCGGAGGCAUUACAUGGCCUAUCGACAGAAGGAUUAGGGGUGUUUUUGAAUAGAAGUAUUAAAGGUGCAACUCAGUUCCCUCAGAUCAUUCUUACUGCUUCUACCUUUGAUGAAAAUCUCUGGUAUCGCAUUGCUCAGGCAAUCGCGAGAGAGGCAAGAGCAGCAUACAAUGCUGGUGAACUAAAGGGAAUGACAUUUUGGGCACCAAAUGUGAACAUAUUAAGGGAUCCAAGAUGGGGGAGAGCACAAGAAACAGCUGGGGAAGACCCUAUGAUGGUAGGAAAAUAUGCAGUGGCUUAUGUAAGAGGACUUCAAGGGGAUAGUUUUGAAGGCGGCAAGCUCAAAAAUGGGAAUCUUCAAGCUUCAGCUGGCUGCAAGCACCUUGCUGCUCAAGAUUUAGAUUACUGGAAUGGCCACCAUCGUUUCACCUUCAAUGCUCAAGUUAAACCACAGGAUAUGGCAGAUUCAUUUCAACCACCAUUCAAGACUUGUGUGGAAGAAGGAAAAGCCACCAGUCUGAUGUGUGCUUAUAGUCGUCUCAACGGCGUUUCAAACUGCGCUAACUAUGAUCUUCUGACCACGACUGCUCGCGGACAGUGGGGUUUCAAUGGUUACAUUGUAUCAGAUUGCGAUUCAGUUCGUGUUAUGAAUGAUUCCCAUGGAUACACAGCUGAAGAUGCAAUUGCAGCUUCUAUUAAAGCUGGUAUGGAUGUAAACUGUGGUUCCUUUGUGCAAAACUACACAAGAUUAGCUUUGCAGGCGAAGAAAUUACAAGAAUCUGAUAUAGACAGAGCUCUUCGCAAUAGCUUCUCCAUUAGAAUGAGGCUAGGACUAUUCAAUGGCGAUCCAAGAAAACAGGAAUACGGUGACAUUUCUCCUGCAGAGAUUUGUAGACAAGAGCAUCAGGAUCUAGCCCUUGAAGCAGCAAGAAAUGGCAUUGUACUUCUAAAGAAUUCUGCAAAACUCCUUCCACUUUCUAAAAUCAAAACCACAUCCCUUGCUAUAAUAGGUCCAAAAGCAAAUGAUUCCGAAUUACUUCUAGGUAACUAUGCAGGCGUUCCCUGCAAGAAUGUUUCAUUACUCCAAGGAUUUCAGCGGGAUGUGAAAAGCAUAGGCUACCAUCCAGGCUGCAAUUUUGUCAACUGCACUUCUGCCGCAAUAGAUGAAGCAGUAGAUAUUGCUAAAAAGGCACAGCAUGUUGUUUUAGUAAUGGGAUUAGACCAGCAUGUGGAGAGGGAGAACUGGGAUCGUGUAGAUUUAGGCCUACCUGGCCAGCAAGAGAUUCUUAUUAAAGCAGUAGCCGAGGCUGCUGUAAAACCUGUUAUAGUGGUGUUAGUAAGUGGAGGUCCUAUUGAUAUUUCUUUUGCCAAGGAUAACCCGAAAAUCGGAGGCAUCUUGUGGAUUGGUUACCCUGGAGAAGGUGGAUCAGCUGCAUUGACACAGAUUAUAUUUGGUGAACAUAAUCCAGGGGGGAGGUUACCAGUAACUUGGUAUCCUAAGGAAUUCAUGAAAAUACCAAUGACAGACAUGAACAUGAGGCCUAAUUCAUCGACUGGAUAUCCAGGGCGGACUUACAGAUUCUACAAAGGGCCAAAAGUUUAUAAAUUUGGCUAUGGUCUUAGCUACACAACUUAUGCGUACAACAUCACCUCUGUCAGCCCUAACAAACUCUAUUUCAAUUACCAAAUAUCAGACAAGACAAGCAAAAACGAUUCACUUCAUAAUAUUGCAGUUUCAAAAUUUGGAUCAGAGGUUUGCAACAAGGCUAAAAUAUCAGUUAAUGUUGUGGUGAAAAACAAGGGGGAAAUGGCUGGUAAGCAUCCUGUGUUGUUGUUUCUUAGGCCUUCAAAGGUGAAGGAUGAUGAGGUUCCAAGAAAGCAAUUGAUUGGAUUCAAGAGUGUACGUUUAGGUGCAGCAGAGAAAAGCCAGAUUGAAUUUAUUGUGAGCCCUUGUGAACACUUUACAAGGGCUAAUAAGUAUGGUAUAUCAGUAAUUGAUGAAGGGAAAUAUUAUCUUGUUGUGGGAGAUAAGAAAAAGUCUGUGACUGUUUCCAUAUGAGUACCCUUUAAAUGGGAAAUUUGUUAUGCAAAUUAUAUGAAAUUAGUGGAAAAGAUACGUUGUUUGUUCUAUUAAGCAAUAACCGUCCAUAUCCA